AUGACUUUCCUCGAAUGCAACCUUGCCUCAUUGGCCUCCAUGAAGCAGGCCGCAGAAACAUUUAUUAGGCUCUCUGAGGACGAUUACGAGAUCCAAUUCGGCACCAAUCAUCUAGGCCACGCGCUGUUGAUCUGUAAGCUGCUACCACUGAUCCAGGCCACGGCAGCAAAUGCGGACGUGCGUAUCAUUCUGGUAACCUCUUUGGGGUUUAAAUUUGCCCGAGGGAUUGCCUUCGCCACUUUUUGCACCCACCAGGAAGCCAUCAUGGGCAAAUGGCUCCGCUAUGGCCAGAGGAAAUUGGCAAGCCUGCUGUAUGCGCGUGAGUUGGCGCGCCACUACUCAGACCUGAUGAGCAUCUCCCUGACACCAAGAGUGGUCAACACAGGCCUAGUUGGGAACCUCAGCCGCUUCAGCCGCGCCUUUGUCUGGGUGACGAACCUCAGCCAGGUGCUGAAGCCCGAGGAAGGCGUCUAUAACCAUAUUUGGGUAGCGAACAUCCCGAAAGACUGCUUGCAGAAUGGCAAAUUCUAUGAACCUGCUGGAGUUCUCUCCAGCAACCUGGGCAAAGCAGCCAAGGAUGAGGCGCUGGCUAAACAGCUGUGGAAAUCGACCGAUGAGGCCCUGGAGCUACACAUGUAA